UGGGGAUUAAUAAAAUAGCCUGAGUGAACGCAAGCAAAACUGAGCAUCCGAUUUAAACAUGCUUUAUGCGGGUUCUUUUUUCACAUGGGGCUUGUUUGCGUGCGCGCUAGCGAGACGGUUCCACGCAGGGAACAAGUCGUUCGCGGGGAGGCCGACGAGGGAGUUGAGGGGUGAUGAGGGGCGACGCAGUUGGGAGAAGUUUGAGAUGUCGGAACGCAGCGCGCUCGGACUGAAUGAACACUCGUGCCCAAGUUUUCCUGGAGUCCAGUCAGCGCUCUCAAACAACACCCACACUUUCAACUUUAAAGUGAGGACCAUGGGGUCUCUGUCACUUGCAUGGGUGGGAGAUGAAUCUGGGGUGAUUCUGGUGUUGACCACAUUCCAGGUGCCUUUGUUUAUGAUGCGUUUUGGCCAGUCCAACCUGUACAGGAGUGAAGACUACGGGAAGACAUUCACUGAUGUGACCCACUUGAUCAACCACACCUUCAUCCAGACAGAGUUUGGUAUUGCUGUCAGCCCGGAUCACUCUGGCAAGGUGAUCCUGACAGCAGACGUGUCCGAUAUCGGUGGAUUUCGACUAUUUCGGUCACGGAACUUUGGCCGGUCCUUUGAGACGUCGGAACUCCCCUUUGAGCCCUUAAUUCAGAUGCUGUACAACCCCGGAGACUGCAACAUACUUCUGACUCUCAGUAUCCGGUUGGAUUUGUGGCUGUCAGAGGAUUUUGGUGCCACCUGGCGGAAGAUUCAUGACAGUGUUUGUCUUGUCAGAUGGGGUGCAAAGAAUAGCAUUUACUUUACGACACACUACAACGGAUCAUGCAAUGACAAAGGAAUGUUGGAGUUGAGGAAAACGGCAGACUACGGCCGUAGUUUCCGGACAAUUGCGAGCAGAGUUUUCUCCUUCGUACUCGGGGGACGCUUUGUUUUCGCCUCUAUCAUGACCGGAAAGGACACGGAGCGCGUGAUCCACGUGUCGGUGAAUGGAGGAGAAACAUGGAAUAUAGCUCAGCUUCCUGCUGUCAACCAUGAGCAGUUUUAUUCCAUCCUAGCAGCCAAUGAAAACAUGAUAUUCAUGCAUGUGGAUGACCCAGAAGAUUCUGGGAUUGGAACAAUCUAUGUGUCUGAUGACAGAGGAACCGUGUUCUCCAAGUCUCUUGAGCGCCAUCUGUACACCACCACAGGAAGCGACACUGACUUUACCGUCAUUACUUCACUCAAGGGAGUUUACAUGACCAGCGUACUCGCAGAGGGUGGAACAGUGGAGACGGUGAUCACCUUCGACCAAGGUGGACGAUGGCAGAAGCUGCGUCGACCCGAAAACGGCCACUGUGACGCCGAGACCUCCACGAACCGGCCGAACCGAUGUCGACUCCACAUUCAUGCCACUUACAGCACUGCCAUGAAGAUGAAUGUCCCCAUGCUGCCACUCUCACAGUCAAGUGCCGUGGGCCUUAUUCUUGCACAUGGGAGCACGGGGGACGCCGAGUCGGCUGUCAUGCCUGAUGUUUACGUGUCUGACGACGGUGGCUACUCGUGGUUGCUUUCCCUCGCGGGUCCUCACCACUAUGCUAUACUGGACUCGGGGGCUCUUCUGGUGGCUGUGGAGCACACAAACGCCCCCGUUAAUCAAAUCAAGUUUUCCACGGAUGAAGGACGGUGUUGGCACACUUAUAAUUUCACCAGUGACCGCUUCCACUUUAGCGGCAUGGACAGCGAGCCAGGUUCCCGCUCCUUGAACGUCAGCCUGUGGGGCUACAGAAAUGACUUUACGAAAUGGGUCGUGAUCACCAUUGAUUUCCGGAAUCUCCUCGCCCGAGAAUGUAACGACGAGGACUACGUGCCGUGGUUGGCUCACUCUACUGAUGCCGAAAGCUCCAAUGACGGCUGUGUGCUAGGCUACAAGGAGACCUUUCUACGCUUGAGGAAAGACUCGGCCUGCUGGAACGGGAGGCGGUUUAGUGGCAGGCAGCGUUUGUCGCCUUGCGCUUGUACAUUGGAUGAUUAUCACUGUGACUUUGGAUACUUCCGACCUGAGAACAGCUCAGAGUGUGUGGAGCAGGAAGAGUUGAAGGGCCAUCCACUAGAAUUCUGUUUAAAUGGAACCACUGAAGAGCUGCAGACCAGUGGUUACCGGAAGAUUCCAGGCAACAUGUGUGCUGGAGGUUUCCAGCCUGUCAGAAAGGAGACUGACCUAAGAAGGAGGUGCACUAGUGAUGUUCUCCAUCCACUUUCUCUGACUGAAAGUGGCUCAUCAAAUGCUGCAAUCGUAGCCGUGGUUGUUAUCGCCGUGCUGCUGAUGAGCGCUGUCGCCGGCGUCUGGAUAGUGAAGAAAUACGUCUGCGGCGGGCGGUUCCUUGUGCACCGCUACUCUGUGAUGAGGGAGCACGCCGAAGCUAACAAAAUUGAAGGAGUCGACGAUGUCGACACCCACUACAUGGAAACGGGAAUAGCUCAAUACAAUGAGGAUUCAGAUCAGGACCUUCUGGAAUAAGUUGGACUGCUCCAGACUUCAUUGAUGCCUGAGCUGGGCACUCUCGCUUGUCCCAUGCUGAUUAACAUCUGCUUCCGAAUUUUCACUCUUCCCCGUUGACCGAAAGACACAAAGGCACUGAAUUAUCGCUUGGUUGAGGUUCCCGCAAACACAAACCAACACCAUAGAGACAAACCAAUGGAACGUGGAAGGGUAGUAGGGGGGUGCAAACUCGUCACGCAACAAAAGAACGCUUCUGUAAUCCCCGCAGAGCUUUUAUUGUCUUUGUCAGGACGUCGGCGUGUCAAAUUGUGCUCUUGGAGACGACGACAAUGCACUGGAGAGGAUUUUUGGAUGUUUUUGCCUACAGUGUUAGGGUACAAUCAAGCAAUAGAAUACAGCCGUACAGUGGUACCUCUACUUAGGAAAUGUAUUGGUUCUGGAAGUAGUCUCGUCACCUGAGAAUUCCGUACGUUUUCCAUGUAAAUGCCCUAAUCCUUUCCAUGUCCCCUCAAAAUUCAGACAUAAAUCUUUCAUAAAGACACGGAACAAAUACAUGUUACAAAAAGAUUAUUGCACAAUAAACUAAUAUGAGAGUUGUGGGUCUCGCAAAAAAAAAUAAAAAUAAAAAAUACACUCCCGUAAUGCUGUCGGAACACCUUGUGACGAAUGGAGAGGAUGCUGGGGUACACCUCUCCACAUACAGUACAGGCCCCUCUUAGCCAAUUGGAUGCUACGAAGAUGCUUUGCAAUAGCCAAUGGAAGAGCAGCCAUAAGUACGUAUUUUAUGGACUAUAAAUUGGAUCGCAGGGAACCCAGGGAUCCAAAGCUGGCCUCGGCUGGUAUCCAGGUCCAAACAGGCAGGAAAUGGAGUGCAUACAAAGCUCUGGAGGUGGCAGAGUUGCAACUGAGGCAGAAGGUGCCGGUAAGAUCUGUAGCCAUAGGGCACACAGGAAUUGCCUACUUCCCGGCAACGAGGACUGGAAACGCCAGAGGCAAAUAGUGGAACACCUUAAUGCUUGUUUAUUCGCUGCGGUCUAGACUGCAUAGUUUUUUGUUGUUGGUUUUUUUUUUUUUUUUGACAUUGACUUAGAUUAACAGGAAGGAUUCCCUAAAGAUAAACCUGAGUGCUUUGUAGUUGGCCUGGGGAACAAUGUUGAAGGUUUUGACUGAGCUGUGACUUGGCUCGGCUUGACAUGACCUCGAGCCUCGACGUGACCUCGAGACUCGACUCAAGCCUCGAGAUGCGACCUCAAGACGCGACCUCGAAACGCAACCUCAAGCCUCGACAUGACCUCAAGAAUCGACUCGAGCCUCCACAUGACUUCGAGACGUGACCUCGAGCCUCCACAUGACCUAGAGACUUGGCUUUGACAUGACCUCGAGACGUGACCUCGAGAUUCGACUCGAGCCUCGAGAUGCGACCUCAAGACGCGACCUCGAGACGCAACCUCAAGCUUCGACAUGACCUCAAGACUCGACUCGAGCCUCGACAUGACCUCGAUUCUCAACUCCAGCUUCCACGUAACCUCGAGACUCGACUCCUGCCUCCACAUGACCUCGAGACGCGACCUCAAGACGCGACCUCGAGCCUCCACAUGACUGCGAGACGCAGCCUUGACAUGACCUCAAGGCUCGACAUGACCUCGAGGCCCGACUCGACAUGACCUCGAGGCUCGACUCGACAUGAUCUUGAGGCUAGACUCGACCUGAGAAGAUACUCAACAUGACCUCGAGACUCGACCUCGAGACUCAACAUGACCUUAAGACUUGACCUCGAGACUUGACGUGACCUCGAGACUCGACCUCGAGCCUAGACAUGACCUCGAGACUCGACCUCGAGGCUCUACUCGACCUGAGGCGAGACUCGACAUGACCUCGAGACUCGACUCCAGCCUCGACAUGACCCCGAGACGUGACCUCGAGCCUCCACAUGACCUCGAGACGUCCUUAAGACUCGACCUCGAGACUCGACCUCGAGCCUAGACAUGAUCUCGAGACUCGACCUCGAGCCUCGACGUGACCUCGAGGCUCUACUCGACCUGAGGCGAGACUCAACAUGACCUCGAGACUCGACUCCAGCCUCGACAUGACCCCGAGACGUGACCUCGAGCCUCCACAUGACCUCGAGACGUCCUUAAGACUCGACCUCGAGGCUCUACUCGACCUGAGGCGAGACUCGACAUGACCUCGAGACUCGACUCCAGCCUCGACAUGACCCCGAGACGUGACCUCGAGCCUCCACAUGACCUCGAGACGUCCUUAAGACUCGACCUCGAGACUCGACCUCGAGCCUAGACAUGAUCUCGAGACUCGACCUCGAGCCUCGACGUGGCCUCGAGGCUCUACUCGACCUGAGGCGAGACUCAACAUGACCUCGAGACUCGACUCCAGCCUCGACAUGACUCCGAGACUCGACUCCAGCCUCCACAUGACCUCGAGACUCGACUCGAGCCUCCACAUGACCUCGAGACGUGACCUCAAGCCUCCACAUGACCUUGAGACGUGGCUUUGACAUGACCUGUAGACGUGACCUCGAGACUCAACUCCAGCCACCACAUGACCUCGAGACUCGACCUCAAGACGCGACCUCGAGCCUCCACAUGACUGCGAGACGCGGCCUUGACAUGACGUCAAGAGGCGCCCUCGAGCCUCCACAUGACCUCGAGACGUGGCCUUGACAUGACAUCGAGACGCAACCUCGAGACGCGACCUUGAGCCUUCACAUGACCUCGAGACUCGACUCAAGCCUCCACAUGACCUCGAGACUUGACUCGAGCCUCGAAAUGAGCUCGAGACUCGAUUUCAGGCCUCGACAUGACUUUGAGACCUGACCUCGGGCCUCGACAUGACCUUGACAUGACUCGAGACUCGACUUGCUCACAACAGGUAAGACGCACGACUUACUUUUGACUCGUAUCAUAGUGACUCGUGCAAUUGUUUGCCAUGGUGUAUUCUUUCCUCUCCUAUCCUGAAAUUUAUUUUGUAAAAAGAGACAAUAUUUUCCCGUUUGGACGUGUCGUAACCGAAAAAAAGAAAAUCAGUUUGUAGAGACGUUCGUAAGUAGAGGUACCACUAAUCACUUAGGGUGACGCACUUUAGAUGUCAAAAUUUUAGUGCACACUGUUGCUUGUAUGAUAUGAUGCUCAAACUGCUACAUAUUUCUUAUUUUCAACCAAGCACCCUAAAUAUAAUCCGGUAUUUAAUGACGCCAGUAUUAUGCUUAAAAUAGAUAAUAGUCUACUCGUACUCCAGAAAGAUUUUGAGUGACAGAUGCAAUUCGAAUUGCAAUAAAAAACAUUACUGAACGCAAAAUCACAAAUGGUAGAAAAAUAACCGAGUGUGCCCCAAAAUAUGUUGUAAAAUCGCUUUUGAAUUUGAAAAAACACAUUUUUAACCGUCUGGGUUUAAUUUUAAUCAAGUAUUUUAUUUUAUUUUAUUUUUUUAACUCGAACCAUUUUGUUACUGAAAAGAAAUUCAAAUAUGAAGUUCGCGGAAUGUGAAGUCAUGACAGUGUUACAGAUAUUUUCAAUGGUCAUUUUGUGCGGUGGAAGCAAGACUUGAAUUAUUGCCAAAGCACUUUUAUUGUUGUUUUUUUUUAAUUGUAGAUAUGAAGUCACCAUAGCCCAGAAAUGAACAAACACAAAGGUGAUACCAACUCAAAAACAUGACUGGAAAUUCCCUCAUGAUAACCUAAAAACGUCCAAUUAUCUAAAAAAAAUAUUCCCUACAUUAGUAAAUAUGUUGUGUUCUUACCAGAAAAAUAAGCAAAUCUCUACUGUUUAGUUAUUGCACAUACAUCCAGUAUUUUUAUGGUCCAAAAUCAAGCUGAAACCUAAUGCUGCCUAUUUGUUCCGGGACAUUUCUGGGUCAAUUCUUGUUCAGUGACCCAAAAUCAUCAGGAAGUUACCCAAAAAAUGUGCCAAAAUAAACAUACAUUUAUCCAGAAAUCCCCCAAAACCAACAGGAAGUGAUAAAAAAUUAACAGGAAAAAAUGAACUCAAAUGCUCCAAAACAAAGUUAGUGGCUUUGGAAGCCAAUCCCGGAUCACUUCCUGUUCAUUUUGAGUCACUGCCUGUUGAUUUUGAGGCAUUUCCUAGGUUAUUUAUUGCUGAUUUGGUGUUACUUCCUCCCCACAAAUCUCUGGUUUUACGGCGCCAAUGUCAAAAUAAAAGCACCUGAUUUCGUAUGUACAGUAUUAACAAGCUACAACUUCUUAUCAAGGUGGUUUCUGUCAGGGAAGUUCAAGUUUGAACCCCAAGACAAGUAGCAAUCAAUAGCUCAAAUAUGAGAGAAAUGAAUCAUACCCAGCCAAGGAUUGCCUGCUUCGAAGACUUUAUAUAAAAACUUGAUAUAUGGCGGAAAACACUCAGGUGACUUGAAGUUCCGCUCCGAGACCCUCAAUUUAGCCAACUUUCAAAAUUGUCCGAAUCGCAUGUGUAAUGUGUAAUGUGUAAAAUCUCAAUUUUCUGGGGGAACAAAAAUUUUGAACAGGAAGGGCAUUUUUAAAAAUAUAUAUAUAUAUUUUUUUUUAAACGGCAAAACCCUAAUUGGAGGCGAGAGCACGCGAGAGCAGAAUUAAAGACGCCACGAUUUUAACGAGAUAUUAUCGCGUACUUACCUUCUUUCGAUCCAAAAACUCCACGUAGCAUGUGUCACUGAGUGUCAAGACAUAGCUGUGAAUGGCCACAGCUGGAUUUUUUUUUUAUUUCAUGGGUGAAACAUGGUGAUAUAACAAGGGUCGCGAUGCAGAAAUCGCAGACAACAAGGAGUGGUUGAGAUUUUCUUUUUCAUUUAGUUACCAUUUUAAACGUUAUUUUUCAAAAAAAAAUUCUUUGGAUCGAUUAUUUAUGAUAUAACAUAUCGGGGAAAAUGCGACAGUACCAAAAAAAAAAUCUGAUUAAGUGAUAAUUAUGAGGUAGAUAUCCGUGACUUUUUUACAGACGCCAAAUUUUUCAUUGUGACGUAAUUCGUUUAAAAGUUUAAAAUAUGCGAGUGAAUAAUUUUUUUUAAGUCGUUUUUUUUUUUUUAACUAAAAUUUA